AUACAAACAAGUUCUCCUUUACAUAUUAAAACAUAUUUUUAAUAUCCAUAAUUGGUAAAAUCUAAUCCACUAAAGUUGAAAACGUCAAAUCGAACUUUUGUAACAGGGAUUGAAUCAAUAAAAAUAUAGUAAUACUUAUUCGGUAAACAUUUGUAAAUUUUUUUAUUAUUAAAAUACAAUAUUUUUAAUAUAAUAAAAUUGUAAAUAACAUUUAUGUAUUAUUGAAUAUUUUAGUAAUUGCUUAUUAUAUUUUAAUAUGUAGUUUAUAAUAAAUAGCAACACUUAAAAACACAAAUGGCAUCUAGUUUGCUUACGAGAUCUGAAUUUUUUUAUACUUCCUCAUAAAAGAUGUAAUAUACAUAACGAUCUUUUUCUUACAUCGUCAACGCUAUGUCGAUAAUACUAGAGAUAAUCAAUUUCAAGAAAUGCAACCGAUAUCGAUUGAAUCUAUUUAUGAAUUCAAAAAAGCAAUCGGCACUAAAUGAUUGUUUCUUACACACGUAUCUAUAGUCGAGUAGGAAUAGGGAUGAUGACUGGGUAAAAAAAAAUGCAAUUCUAUUUAGUCCGUCAGUCAGAUAAUAGAAAAAUAUUAGAUGCGUAUUAUUUUUUUACUUCAAUUUAACUAGAAAUAGCUUAGAUAACAGGCAUUAAAGUUGAGGAGUGGGGGCUCGCUACGUCACAGUUGAGUAGAAAACGUUACAUAACGUGACGUCAUGCGAAAUUUCAACUCAAUGUAACGCCGUAAUUUUAUGAUUACGAAAAAAAUUAAAAAAUACGUGUUUAAUAUUUUUUAACACUCUACCUGACGGACAAACAAACAAAAAUUAGUCAUCAUCCCUAUUGAACAACUUCAAGUAGUACCUAAUUAUAAUUACAAUUUACAAUAUAACAAGUCUAUUAUAAUUAUAAGUAAAUUAACGGUUCAAUAAAAAGACAAGUAUAAGGUAAAAUUUAAUAGAAAUACAUAUUUAAAGAUACCUUACAUUAAAUUCCACAACAAGCAAUUUAAUUUAUUGUUGUUUUUUUUUAUUGAUCCUUGUAUUUACGAACAAAUUUUCAAUUUCUUUUUGCUUCACGUAAAUAAUAUUUAGUUAAUUUUCACCAUAUUACAAGGCUUUGAUUGGCUGAAAGAGAUUUCUUGUAGAGAUAAGCCCACCUUAUCAAUAUUUGUAUGGAAUAAAAAGAUAUAUACAUGUGUAUUUAAAUAGAGCAUUCGAGCGGCUGGGGAGGGCACGCGUCACGUCACAAGAGAGGAGACUCGAUGAAUAAUUGAGGAAUGUGCGCGCAUGCGCGUUACCACUACACCACGGACCUCGCUGCGGUGCAUUCAUUGCAAUAAAACCACCACAGUAAAUCCUAAAUCAUAGUAACUCCUAGGUAGUGUACAUCAGUAUUUUAGUGCGGUGACAUGCGUGGACGAUAGAUAUCAGUGAGUGUGGUAGGAUGCAAACGGGGCCGGACAGCGCUGCCGUUUCGGAGGCGCCCAGCAGCGACAGCGACGAGUCCGACUGUGAACCGGUGCCGGAGCCCGAUUUGGACGCUGCCCUCACCGAGGAGUGGGCCCGGGAGUUGCUCGCAGGCGCGGGCGUGGUCGCCGCCAAUGAGGUCCGAGUGGAGUCGCGGGCAGGUGUCGCGGGCGCGCUGAGCCGCGUCCUCGCCGUCACACUCCGGUACGAGGCGGGCGGGGAGCGGCUCGCCCUGCCCCUGGUCGUCAAACUGCCGCCCAGGGAUCCAUUCGGAAGACUUUUCGUGGCAGAGGCUCAGUUCGAUACGCGCGAGAUACUCUUCUACACGGAACUAGCCCCGGUGCUGAAUAAGCUCGCCGAUGAGGCUCUGGGCCCCGGCUCCGGGCUACCGAUCCCUAAAUGCAUCAAAGCCAGAUUACCAGAUGAAAUCGGCGGUGACAGUGAACUAGUUUUAGAGGACGUAACGGCCGUCGGGUUCGAACCCGCCGACUUCGCGGGAGGCCUGACCGAGGAGCGCGCGAGAUCCGCGCUGUACGCGGCGGCCAGGCUGCACGCGCUCUCGCUCGCGCUCAGGGAGCGGGAAGGGCCGCUCGAUCGGAGAUUCGACUUCCUGUUUCCCUGCGAGAGAGCCGCGGCGGGAUAUCUGCGGCUCGUGCGGCGCGGCCUUCCCCAACUGGAGGCGUUCCUGAGGGGACGGGCCGACUGCGUCGAGGAGGCGGCCGCCGUGUCCGCCCUCGGGGCCCGGGCGCCCGCCCUGCUCGGGACGCUCCUGAGGCCGGCGGAGCCGGCGCCGCUCGCGCACGCCGACUUCUGGAGCGGGAACCUCCUGUUUCGGGAGAAGGAAGGCACGAGCGAGUGCAUAGCCCUCGAUUGGCAGAUGGUGUCGCUGGGCAGACCGAUGGACGACGUCGCCCUGCUGCUUCUGUCGUCGCUGACACCGGAGACGAGGAGGGCGGUCGGCGACUCGCUGAUCGAGCAGUACGGGGCCCGCCUGCAGGCGGAGUGCGGGCGGCUGGGGUGCGCGGGCGCGGGCGCGGCGGCGGCGCGCGCGCUGCGGGCGGACUGGGCGCGCGCGGCGCUACGGGCGCUGCUGCUGUGCGCGGGCAGCGUGGACGUGGCGCUGCAGGAGCCGCGCGCCGAGCGCCGCCUGCUGGAGGCCGUCCGGGACCUGCACGCGCAGGGCGUGUUCGCGCUCAAGCCCGACGCGGACUCCUGA